UCUAAGUCCGAAGAUUUAAGAGGAAGACAUCUGCUCGUGGCGAGAGAGGGUACGUGACCAUGACGGCUCCUACGUUCGGUUUCAAGAUGCGCUUCUGAGACAAAAGAACUGCCAUCUACAACUACCAAGUUUGUGUCCUUUCGCACUCCAGCGCAGCGGGCACAAGACCCCACCAACAAUUUGACGUAACGCCGACUCAUCUGUCAACCAAAUUUCUCGACUCUUGAAAAAAUCAACGCCACGAUGAGCGACAUCGAGAAGCAGUACGACGGAGCGGACCCUCAUGCUCCUCAUUCGACGAAGAGCGAUGAAAUUGAAAGACAGCUGGGAGAAGUUGAUCCCGCGUUUGAGGCGAAACUCGUUCGAAAGCUCGAUGCCUUCAUCAUCCCUGUUGUGAUGUUGCUGUACCUGCUCAGCUUCCUUGACAGAGUAAAUAUUGGCAACGCCCGCCUGUAUGGACUCGAAGAAGACCUAGGCAUGGACUCAACUCAAUUCCAGACCGCUGUAUCGAUUCUAUUCGUCACCUACAUUCUCUCUGAGGUCCCUUCCAACCUGGUACUGAAGAAACUCCGACCAUCGCGUUGGAUCGCAUUCAUUACCGUUUCAUGGGGCAUCAUCGCAACACUGACAGGCAUUGUGCAAAGCUACGGGGGACUGAUCGCAUGCCGCUUGUUCCUCGGUGCCGUGGAAGGCGGUCUCUUCCCGGGCAUGGCUGUCUAUCUGACAUUCUUCUACACCAAGCGCGAACUCGCCCUACGCAUUGGAUACUUAUUCGUCUCUGCUGCGCUCGCCGGUGCCUGUGGUGGUCUUUUGGCCUAUGCGAUCGGUCACAUGGACGGCAUCGCUGGGAAAAGCGGAUGGCGCUGGAUCAUGAUCCUCGAAGGUAUUCCUACUUUUGUCCUCGGCAUUGCGACGUGGUGGAUAUUGCCUGAUGAGCCGGAAACGGCGUACUUCCUUAAUGAUCAGGAGAAGGCGUUUGCGGCUGCUCGUCUCAAACGCCAGACUGGCUACACAAAGAAGGCGGCUGAGUUCCACUGGGAAGAUGUUAGGAAGUGCUUUAAGGAUUGGAAGGUCUGGCUUUUCUGCUUUGCGCAAUUCGGAUCUGACACCAUGCUUUAUGGGUUCUCGACCUUCUUACCUACUAUCAUCCGUGCUAUCAUGCCGAAGGCAUCGAGUGCGAUGGUGCAGGUCCUUACGAUUCCCUGUUACGCUCUGGGUGCUAUCACCUACCUCAUUGUUGCGCAUUUCUCGGAUAAGCAGCAGAAACGCGCUUUCUACAGCAUCCUGCUGGGUGUUGUCAGUAUCAUUGGGUAUGCCAUGCUCAUCAGUCCGAGCAGCUCGGCGACGCACUACGCAGGGUGCUUUUUGGUCGCUAUGGGGUUGUACGUGUGCGUCGGUAUCCCGCUCGCUUGGUUGCCUACGAAUCUGCCGAGAUACGGGAAGCGUACGAGUGCGACCGGCUUGCAGCUUUCAAUCGGUAACUGUGCCGGUAUUAUGUCGUCGUUUUUGUAUCCUGCGAAAGAAGGCCCACGCUUUAUCAAAGGUCACGCCGUCACCAUGGCCAUGGUCGCUUUCUCCCUUGCCUGUUACGCUAUCUUGUGGGCAUAUCUCGGUAUGCUGAACUCACGACGUGAAAAGGGCGAAGAAGAUCAUCUGACGGAAGGCAAGAGCGAGGAAGAGACUGCAGAGAUGGGCGAUGACAGCCCAAGGUUCAGGUACACUAUUUGAACGCGACAGAUCGAGAUUGCAAGAACAUAAGAGACACCAUCCGCCAACGCUAUAUACGCGAACAUACAAACAAAGCGAUGUUCCUCCUAGUCUGCAUUGACGUCCAUUGUAACGUCUCGCUAAAACUCCGGAUUAGGCUUCGAAUACUUCGUCAACCAAUUCUGACCCGGCGCAAGGGAGAGAUUCGCAAUCAGCCUCAGAGCAAGAUCCUCCACAAACUUCACUCCGGUUACCUUUGCCGGGUUAUCAGGAAAGGUUCGUUCCUUUCGCGUAGAUGAACGCAAUGACUAUGGACUUUCGAAGCUGGCGUCCUUUCGAGGUUAUGCUGUAUAUGGUUCGGACACUCUCCAGAUUCGGAGGGUGUAAAGGGUUGGUUCUGCACAGAUCCCAGAAUGUACCAAUGCCAGACCAAUGAAUUGUUCAUCUUGAAGUCUGGUUCCAAAGAAAAAUCUGUCUUGUCAG